CUAGCAAGGAAAGAUGAUAUUUUGAAAGAAAUGAAAGCGCAGGGCAUCUGGAAGAAGCCUUCAAAUCCAAGGCAAAUAAACGAAUUAGGGAAAGUAGAAAGAAAGAGAAGAAUCCAAUUCAACUCCAAAGAAAGAAGCUUGUGUUAUACAAAGUUUAAAAUUCAUCAUCUUUUCUUUAUUCCUACAGUGGAUAUAUAUUCUCAUCUCCAUCAAUUGCGAGGAUGUAAGAUGUUCUUUAAUCUAGCUCGAUAGCUAUCCAUGGCCUUUCUCAAAUUUGGCCUCCUUCUUCUUGCCAUUUUCUUGCUUUCUUCUCCAGUGCACUGUGACGAUGGCGAAGGUGAUCUUCUGAAAUGCCUCAACUGUCACAGGGCAUUCUUAGACCUCCCAGCUUUCGUCAAGAACAAGGAAGCAGAAUGUCUGGCAAGUGAAGUUGCUAAAGAUCUAGAGGAGAAAAAAUGUGAAGAGGCCAGUGGCAGCAACCCGUAUCAGUUAGCCAACCAUACUGACUUAUUAUCCAAGUGUGGCAUUAACGUUAGCCACUCCAGAGAUGGUGUGGUGUUGCCUGUUUGCGUGCCCAACUUGGAUUCAAUUGAAGUGUUUACUAAUUACACUCGCACCCAGUUCGCUAAGUACAUAAACGAUUCCAAGUUUGCUGAAGCUGGACUCGGUUGCAAAGGUAAUUGGAUGGUGGCCGUUUUGAGCACAGCCACCUCAGAAGGUGACUUUGCAGGAGCCAAUAGUUUGGUUUCCAUGAUUGGUUUUGGUCAUUGCUUGAUAUCUUUCUUGUUGGGGAUGCUUGUCUUUGCUGAAGUGCCUUUGGGAUGGUGGUAAUUAAUUCCCACGAGGGGCAUGAAGAUUUCAACUCAUUGCCUUGUCAUGAAUAAGGAAAUACACUCUUACUUGCUUAAUUAUAUUAGGCUACAUUGGUUGAAUGUAUUAAUUGUGAUUUAUAUGUUGUAUUGAUAAUUUAUGAUUUUAAUGUGUAUGAUAUAAUAA